AUGGGAAAGGAAAAGACUCAUAUCAAUAUUGUCGUCAUUGGACAUGUCGAUUCGGGUAAAUCGACGACGACCGGCCAUUUAAUUUACAAAUGUGGUGGUAUCGAUAAACGUACUAUUGAAAAAUUCGAAAAAGAAGCGCAAGAGAUGGGCAAAGGUUCAUUCAAGUAUGCUUGGGUGUUGGACAAGUUGAAGGCGGAACGUGAACGUGGUAUCACCAUCGACAUUGCCUUGUGGAAGUUUGAAACCUCCAAAUACUAUGUCACCAUUAUUGACGCCCCAGGACAUCGUGAUUUCAUCAAGAAUAUGAUUACUGGAACAUCACAGGCCGACUGUGCUGUUUUGGUUGUUGCUUGUGGUACUGGUGAAUUCGAAGCUGGUAUCUCGAAAAAUGGACAGACUCGGGAACAUGCUUUGCUCGCUCAGACGCUUGGAGUGAAACAGCUGAUAGUAGCAUGUAACAAGAUGGAUUCAACUGAACCAGCUUUCUCCGAAGCUCGAUUCAAUGAGGUUACAAAUGAAGUUUCGAAUUACAUCAAGAAAAUCGGCUACAAUCCAAAAGCUGUUGCUUUUGUCCCGAUCUCAGGUUUUAAUGGCGACAAUAUGUUGGAACCAUCUCCCAAUAUGCCAUGGUUCAAAGGAUGGAAUGUUGAAAGGAAGGAAGGAAAUGCUUCUGGCAAGACACUCCUGGAAGCUUUAGAUGCUGUGAUUCCACCAUCAAGACCUACUGACAAACCCCUCAGAUUGCCUUUGCAAGAUGUGUACAAGAUUGGAGGUAUUGGAACUGUACCUGUUGGUCGCGUCGAAACUGGUAUCCUAAAACCAGGCAUGGUGGUAACAUUUGCACCACAGAAUAUUACCACUGAAGUAAAGUCAGUGGAGAUGCAUCAUGAAGCUUUGCAAGAAGCACUUCCUGGUGAUAACGUUGGUUUCAAUGUUAAGAACGUGUCUAUCAAGGAAAUUCGACGUGGUUCGGUUGCUUCCGAUUCCAAGAAUGACCCCGCCAAGGAAACCAAGCAGUUUACUGCGCAGGUCAUCAUCAUGAAUCAUCCGGGUCAGAUUGCUGCAGGAUACACUCCAGUCCUUGACUGUCAUACAGCUCAUAUUGCUUGUAAAUUCGCAGAACUUAAAGAAAAGGUCGACAGGCGAUCCGGCAAGAAAGUGGAAGAUAAUCCAAAAUUCCUGAAGUCGGGCGAUGCUGGUAUUAUUGAUCUGAUUCCAACAAAACCGCUGUGUGUUGAAACGUUCACCGAAUAUCCACCACUUGGACGAUUCGCUGUGCGUGACAUGCGACAAACAGUGGCAGUUGGUGUUAUCAAAGGUGUUGAAAAGACGGAAGGUGGUGCCGGGAAAGUGACGAAGGCAGCGCAGAAGGCUGGAACGGCACCAGCUGGAAAGAAGAAAUAA